AUGUUAAAAGAAAUAAUUUUAAGUAAUGAUUCUUGUGAAGACAAAUGUAUAAAAAUUUUAGAUAAAUUAGAAAACGGAGAUUUUUUAGAUAUUUUACUUAAGCCUGAAAACUUUAUUAAUGAUUUGUUACCCUUUUGUAUAAGAGUUUUGAAAUCUUACACUUCUAUAUUAGAAGACGAUAAUUCUGAUUUAAAUAAUUGUCGUACAUUGGUGCUUAAAAUUCUAAAUCGUAUACAACUAGAUAAUGUUAUUCUAGAUGAAAUAAUUGAACUUUUAAAUAUUGCUUUAGAAAAAGAUAAUAUUUCAAAUAUAAUUUUAAUUAUCAGAUUUUUUGGUUCAAAUAUUCGAUGUAUAAAUUUUAAUGAGCAGGUAUUAGAAAAUCACUUAAGCAUUAUAUUGUAUCUAGUAAAUAGCUUAUUUAAUAGAUUAGAAACAUUUGAUAUUGAUAUUAUUAGUAAUUGUUUAAGGUGUCUAACGGAGCUUUUUAUUUAUUUAUUCGAAUUAAAUAAUAACUAUUCUAGUGCAAGUAACAGAAUUGACAUAAUUAUCUUUAGAUGUGUAAAUUUCUAUAUUUCGUAUCUAGACAAAAGAAAUGUAAUGGAGUUAAUUGGUUUUAAUAAGGAUAUAACAAUACUUUUAAUUUCUUCUAUUACAAAAUUAAUUAAGCUUAUUGCUAAUACAAUAAUUUUUAUUUCAAAAAAUGAAAAUUUUAGUAUUUUGAUACUGGAACUUGUAAAAUUUGCUGCCUUUUAUUGUCCAAUUGAUGCCGAAGGAUUAAAGUUAGAACUUUUACGUAGUUUUUUUAAAAUUAUUCUAAAGUCUAGAGAAGUAUUUAUUUCUAAAAUCCAAGAGUUUUUUGAUUUAAGAUUUUUUUAUAGUCCUGAAACACAUAAUGUUAAUAUUAAAGGCCUUAUAGGGCUAACAGAUACAUUACUUGCAUUUAAUGAUAAUUUUUUUGCUAGAACUUUCUAUGACUUAUUUUACAGAACAGAAGAAAUUUUGUAUACAAGUAUAUCAUCGAUAAAAUUGUAUUUGGAAACAAACAAAAAUAUUCUUGCAGAUAGUAAUCUGUUAAAUAAUGUUGAUGUUAAUUUUUUAUUUUUAAAUAAAGAUGCAGAAUCUAAUAUUUGCAUAAGAUUUCAUUUGGAAAUUGUUAAAGAAGUUUUAAAUUGUAUAAAUAAGCAAAUGUUUUGUGUUUUUAAUUCAAGAAUUCAGCGAUUUGAACAAGUUGAUUUGUUUUAUAGAGCAUUUGUAUCUGUAAUAAAAGUGAUUAAUCUUAUUGAAAAAGUUAAAAGAGACAAUAAUUAUAACAGUCUUUGUAAAGAAAUUUUUAUUAUUUCAGGAAUAUUUUUUAGAGAUUUAACAAGUAAAAUGACCGAAUUUUUUAGAUUAAAUUUAGAAUCACUCGUUCUUUCAGUUUUUAAACGCGAAGAUUUUUUUUGGUUAUUUGGUGCAGCAUUAAAAUUAAUUUUAGAUUUGGAAAUAGAAGAUGACGAACUGUAUUUGAUUGAUGACUUUUUUUCAGUGUUUUUUAUUCCAGUGGAAUAUUUACUUAAUGAUCUUAACAAUAAUUUUUCGAGGCAGAUUGUUCUGUAUGCUUGUGAAAGAAUUUGCUUUUUUGAGAUUGUAAAAAAAAUGUGUUCUGAAACAAUUAAUCAAUAUUUUGGAUUUCGUAAAUAUAUUGAACUUCUUAAAGAUCUAUUGACUUGUGACUUUAUAGAUGUUAAUUGGAAAAAUUAUCGUAAUUUUUUAACUACAGACGAUGAAAAGUUAUUAGAAAUGCGAAGCAAAAGACUAAAUAACAAUUGUAAUUAUUAUAACUUAUACUUUACAAUAAUUAUGAAUAGAUUUUGUAUUAAUCCAUUUGGUGUAAGUCAUAAUGAAUUUUCUUCUUUAAUGGAAUGUCUUGAUAUUUUAGUCAAGUCAGACGAAACUGGGUUGCACGAAAUAUUAUUGUUGUGUUUUGAAAGUUUCAAUAAUAUCAAAGAAUAUGAAAAUAAUCUCCAAAUGCACUUUUUUAAAAAUUUUAAGAAUUACGCCGAAAGAUUUAAUUUUUUAUAUCAAAAGCACAAAAAUGUUUUAUAUUUGAAUUUAGUCUUUUCAAUACCUAUUCAGUUAAAUAUUAUAAUUGAUGAUUGGGAAGUACUUAUUCAACCUAUAAUUGAUUGUUUGAAAAGUAAUAAUAAUAUUGGUAUUAAGGCACUGGGUUAUUUGCAUUAUCUUAUCGAUAACUCAAAACAGGAUUUUUUUAAGAAUAAGAAUAAUUCUAUGUUUAUUGAAAUGUUUAAAGAGAUAAGGCUGGCGUUGACAAAUCCUAAGUUUGGUACACAUGCAGCACAAAUAUUUGGAAGGCUUAAGAGUUUUCACAAAGUGUAUUUAUAUAAUGAUAUAUUAUUUGAAGACAGGUCUUUUCUUAAAAAUCAAAUGUAUGCUAAAACAAUGAGCAAUAGUUAUUUGCGAUAUGAUACCGACAAAACGAAUUUUGAUACCGGCAGUUUGCUUUUAUCUGUAAAUGAUUUAUAUAUUCGUAUAUUAUCAUAUUUUAGAGGAGAUUACACGUAUUCAGGUAGUACAAGGAUUCUUAAUAAUAAUCACUUGGUCUCUUUUAAACUUUUUAAAGGAAAAGAAUUAAAUAAUGAUAGGCAAACAGAAGCAGCUUUUGAACUUCUUGCAGGAAUUUUAUAUUCUAUUUUAGGAUUUGCAGAUUUUGCAAAACAUAAAAUUAGUGAUCGAAUGUUGACUUGGUGGGGAGAAUUGCAUAAAACAUCUAAAUUUAUUUUAGAAGAUUUGCCGGAAACUAAUGACGAUCUUUUUUUAUCCGAUAUUAAUAAUUCUUCUUAUUUUCAUCAACUUAAAAAAUCUCAAUAUAUCUAUGAUGCAAUACAAGCUUUAUAUGCUUGUGAAAAUACUAUUGUUGAAACAAAAGCUUUGACAUUACUAAAAUGUAUUUCUGAGGUUGUUAUAAAUUAUUGGGUAAGUAGAAGACUUAAAUUUGCAACAGAUCAGCUAAGAAUCUAUUUUAAUCAUUUAACAUUAUGUAAAGCUUAUCUUGAAGGAUUUGAAUUUUCAGAAAAUAAUAUGCCUACAAUUAUGCUGCAUGAUAUUCUAACUAGAAGUAUAAAAAUGGCAGGAUCAAUCGAAAAUUUUUUAAAAUUGGGAAUUUUGCAAUUUUUUUACAAACAGUUAAGCAAUUUAUGUAAUUCUUCUAAUGUAAGAAAAAUUAAAGCAGGAUGUUAUGGAAUUUGUGGACUUUUGGUUUGGGAUGAAUUGCCAUUUUUUUGGAUUCAAAAAGAACUAUUUUCUAUAAUUAGUAAUAUUUUAUUAUACAUUCAACAUAGUGAUGGGAUUUUUGAAAAUAUUGUGGCUACUAUAAGUUUUUUAUGGGAUAUACUUGUUUUAAUGGAUAUUGAUAACUGUGCAAAGAUACUUUCUACGGCAUUUAUUAAUUGUUUGUUGAGUAAAAAUUAUCAUGAAAGAGGAUUUUCAAAAAAGUGCUUAGCUUUGUUUAAAAGAAAAUUUGAUUAUAAAAACGUAUUUGCAACUCACUAUGAAACUGUUGUCUCAUUUUUAAAAGAUAAUUCAAUAAGAAAUGACAGCCAAAGUUUGUUUAUAAGAAUCGAUGUAUUUAUUUUUAUUAUAAAAAUAUUCCCGAGAUUUUUAAGUAAAACAGAAAUUAAGGCAUUUGUAAAAUUUUACUUUUAUUAUCUAAAAAAAUUGGGUUUUUUAGUGAUUCCACCAAAUCCCUUCUUCGAAACGGAUGUGAAAAAAAUUUAUGCCGAUAAAGUUCUUAGAUCACAAGCUACUAUUUUAAACAGUCCAGAUUUUAUUUUUGAAAUUUAUUACCAGAAUGAAAGAAAUAAGAAUUACAAUCGAUAUCUUAAAUACGAGAUCCUUUUUUUAUAUUUAGCUUACUGUUCAAAUAAAAAUAAUGCGAAAUUGGCAUUCGAUGUCAUUUUCUACACGCUACCAAGUGGAUACAUUUUCCCUUUUAAGAGAUUUGAAAAAAUAAAUUUUAAUUUGAUAGAAGAUAUACUAAAAAUAAAAUAUGAAGAAUGCAUAUCUGAGUUAUUGACUGUUAACACCAUAAAAAAAAUGAUUUGUAUAUUUUUAUUAUUAAAUAAUUUUACUGAUGAGAGACUGGUUGCAUUUAUUCAGAAGAUUUUUUUAGAAUUUAGAAAUCAUAUUGAACUUUCGUUAAUUGCAGAUUCUGAAAAUAAUUCAAUUUUGGUCAAAACUUUUGAGCUAAGUCUUAUGUAUCCACAUCAAGAACUAUUGUAUGAUAAAAUUAUUUUAAUGAUUUAUACUCUAUUGUAUGAUUUUUCUAAAUCAUAUGUAGCUAAAAUUGAGGAUCGCAUGUUAAAUUAUCUUGAAAAAUACUUUAAUUAUACAUAUCCUUUUAUAAUUUUAAAUAUUACUAAUUUGUCAAUUUUGGAGUUAGCAAAAAAAUUAUUUUGUAGGUCACAUUCAUUUAAAAAUUUUGUAUGUAAUUUAGGAGUGUCAAGUAAAAGAUUAGGACUUACAAAUUGUAAUUCAAUAGAAGAAGACGAAAUAUAUACAAUUAUAAAGACAUUGGAUUUUAAGAAUAAUGAUGAUUUAUUUAAGGGAAUUAAUUUACUAAAUUUUUUAAGGCUAAUUAAAUAUUCUGUAACUGAAAGUCAAAUUCAAUUAGCUCUUUUGAUUCAUGCAGAACUUAAAAAAAAGAAUAAAACAUCAAGCGAUCUUACAGAAUAUUUUUAUUAUUCUAUAAAUUAUUUUAGUGCUGAUGAUUUUGAAGUUCUUUUUAAGAUUGAUCCUAUGUUUAGAAUUUACAACUCAAUAAAAGUUAAGACUUUUACACAUUUAAAAAAUAAAUCUAUAAUGGCUUGUUUACUUAAGAGUAUUUCUAGAAGCGAAGUUGAAAAUUAUGAUAAAUUAAUAGAUUAUUUUGGAGAACAUUCAUGGAUGUUAAUAGAAUUAUUUGUUCAAGAAGGUGUUAAUAGUCCCAGCAUGAUAGAAUAUUGUAAAAAUAAUAUUUCUAAUCUAAACAUAAGAUCUUAUAUUUUGUUUUAUUUAUCAACUUAUGAGCCUUUGCCUAAAUAUUUUGAUUUGCUUUUAAAUCUUUCAUUUGAAGAAAGAAAGUACACCUUGCAGUCGUUAAUAAAAAUUGUAGAAAAAUUUAACCAAUUUGAAAAAGAAAUAUUAGAUUAUCUUAAAAAGGAUUCAAAUUAUCUUGCAAAUGUGUUUAUAUUAUAUCCUUUAUUAGUUCAAAAGCCAGAAUUAUUGACCUUAAAAAUAUGUCAAGAGUUGUUGCUUGUGAUGCGCAGAUUUUUUCAUACAAAUACCAAAUUUUACUACACACUUGGUGCAAGUUUAUUUAAAACGAUUUGCGAUUUUUAUAUAAAAAAUUCUUAUAAUAUUUUCGAAAAUGAGACAUUAGUAGAUUGUUAUACAUUUAUAUUUAUAGUUUAUUUAGAUUGUGCUAAAACAAAGUCUUUAGUUAGGAAAUUUUUGUCUGAUGUAAUAGGAGAAUAUGAUUUUACUAUUAAUUUUUCAAUCUUAAAUUUAGCGAAUGCAGAUAGUAAAAAAUUAUUUUUGUUUUUAGAUAGUGAAAUCACUAAGGAACAUAGUAAUUCAAAUAAAAAUCGGAAAUAUUUACGCAAUUUUGUAGAUAUUUGCUUCAUUGCAAAAAAAGAUGACUUGCCAAAUUUAAUACUGACUAGAAAAAUGUUUGAACUUCUUGAUGAUUAUAAAUUAGAUGAAAACAAAAUAUAUUUAAAACAAACUGUUAUGAGUUUUAUUGAGUAUUUAUUAGAUUCUAAACAAAGUUUGAAUGAAUAUGAAGAAUUAAUAUUUAAAGCAUUUAAAGAUGAAUUAGUUAAGCAGCCUUUAACGCCAAGUUUAACUUCUAAGGACAAUAGAUCAGCACUAUUCAAUCGAAAUAUCGCAGACAAAAAGUCGGAUUACAUGUUUAAUAAAAUUUUAGAAUUGGUUCUCAAAAAGAUUACUGUACAAGAUAAUUUGCCUUUUCUAUUUAAAUUAUUAGAAAUGUAUAGAAAUAAUGAUCUAAAUUUAUCUGAAUCUAUACUAACUAUACUUCAUUCGGAAGUGUCUUAUAAUGAUAUUAUUACGUUUUUUUCUAUAAUUUUCAACAAACAAAAAGAUGGAAUUUUUCUUAUUUCAAAGAAAGAUUUAUUGCGUUGUGCAUUGAACUUUUUUAAUUCUAAUAACAAUUCAAAAUCACAGAAUUUAAGCAGUCUUACCGAAAUAUUUUUUGCGGGGCUUGUUAAUGAAGACGAAGAUUUAAGACGAAUGUAUUUUCAGGAAUUUAAUAAAAUGAUGAUAAAAAAUGUAAACACUCGCUUUAUUGAACUUUUAAAUUUGGACUGGACAUUGGUUGAUGAAUCUUAUAUUCCGUAUAUUUUUAAUAGGAUGUUAUUAUAUUGUUUAAAUGAUGUUGGAAUUACUUCAUUUAGACUUUUUGAUUUGGGGAUUUGUAAGGCUGCAUUUUUUUAUAAUAGCGCAGAUAAACAAGUGCAAUUUGACUUUCACGAAGGUGUAUUUGAAAGGUAUAUAAAAGAGAUUAUUGACAAUUUUCAAGAUUUUAUAAGGAAAUAUGCACCAUCUGAAUUUAAAGAACAUUUAAUGUCUUUUAAUUAUUAUUCUUAUGAUGCUAGUAUCAAUUUAAUGGAGUCUAUAAUUAUGGAACUUAAUAUUUUAACAAAUCUAGAUGAUAUUGCAAUGAAGAUAUUUAAUUUAGUAUCUUCCCUUAAGUUUAGUGAAAAGAUAUCAUUAAUAUUUUUAAAACUUUUAGAUAAGAAUAAGUAUUUAGACAGUAGUGAGAACUUUGAAAAAGUGCGUAAAUUUCUAAGAAAUGGUCCUGAUUGUUGGAGUUAUUUAGCAAAUCAUCACACUAUAAAAAGUUAUUUUGAUAUGAAAUGGAAAGAUUAUUAUUAUGGAUCUAUUAGAAUUUAUUCAAAAUUACCUGAAACAUCCGGGGCAACAAUUUUACAUCAGCUUGGAAAUAUUAAAGAAGCCCAACAAGAAUAUGAAAAAAUACAGACUAAAGCAAUUGAAAGUAAAAUAUCAUUUUUUGAAGAUGAGUUUGAUUUAAUUUUAGAUGGGUGGAUUGAAUGUGCAAAGGAAUUACAACAGUGGGAUCUUACACAGCAUAUUGGGAAAGAAAAAAAAGACAAUUUAUUAAUAGCAGAUUCGAUAUUUUAUUUGAAAAAUUUCAACCUACAAACAGAAAGAGAAGCAUUUAUUCAAUUAAUUAUUCAGCAUAAAAAGGAGAAAGUGCUUGAUAUUGACUGGUUGUUUUAUGAACUAUUUGUUGUGUUGUAUAAUAAAUUUGAUGUAGAUAAGGCAAUUGCAUUAAUUAAGGAAAUUAAUAAGAAGAUUGUAUUUGGUCCUAAUGUUAUAUGGUAUGAUAACUUUUAUUUAGUUUUUUUACAAAUUAUUUUUGAAAUGCAUGAUGUAUCUUUUAUUUUUAAUAAUACAUUAGAGAGUACUGAAAAAAUUAAUUCAAUACUUUACAGAUGGGAAGAACGUGACUUGGAUUUUGAAAAUGAUUUUAUUAAUUUACUUCGAUUUAGUGCCUGGAGGAAACAUGCAUAUCGUAAAAUUGAAGAUUUUAGCAAUGAACUUAAAUUUAAUGACUUAAGUAUUAAGGAUGUUGAUAUUUGUGGAAUUGUUAAUAAAAAUAAAGAAUAUACAGAAUCUAUUAAACAAUUGAAAAAGGAAAUGUACUUUAAGGGAAAUAAUGGAUUGGGAAAAUAUAGUAACUAUUUAGGGUUUGCAUCUUUUAGAAACAGAUUUUAUGAUAAUGCACUUUUUAGUUUUAAAAGUGUAUUUGAUCUUCCUAGUAUUAAAGUUAUAGAUGCAUAUCAUAAAGUAGUUAAUGAAUUAUUAUGUUUUUAUGAAAUGAAAGAAUAUAAAAUAGGAUAUGAUAUGGCAAAUACAACAAAUAUAAGUCAUUUUUUAGAUGAUCAAAGUAGUAAUUUGUUUAGAAUAAGAGGAAUGUUUAGUGAGAAAUUGGGAUUGUAUGAAGAUGCAGAGAAGUUAUAUUUUAAAGCAAUACAUUUAAGUAAUAUUGGAGUUAAUUAUUAUUGUUAUGUUAAAUUAUUGUUAAAAAAACCUUAUAUAAAAUUAGGUAAUUUUAAUAAUGAUUCUAGUUCACCUCCAAAAUUUUUAGAUGAAGAAAUAAUAUUCUCCAUUUUAAUGGGGCUUUCCUGUUCUGAUCAGGAAAAAUCUUAUAAUUUAAUGUUAUGUUUUAUUUAUUACGUAGGUACAAAAGAUAUUAAUAUAGAUAUGGAAGUCUAUAAAAAUCUUAUAGAAAAUUGCAAUGUGAAUUCUUUUGUGUUUUUUAUAUCUAAGAUUAUUGAUCUUUUAGCUACAAAUAAUUAUUUUUUAGUUGAUCCAAUUAUAAAAAAAAUUUGUAAGGUUUAUCUACAUCCUCUAUUUCGGCCAUUAUAUAUUUUUUUAGAAAAAUAUAGUAAAGAUUCUGAUAAAACAAUUUACAACAGAGGACAGAAACUGCUUAAUGAAUUAAGUAGUAUAUCAAAAAUUGAUGAUAUGAUAUCUACUUUGUUAAGGUUAAAUAAUAUUUUUGAUUCUGUUGCAUCAAAAAGUGAAUACGUUUUUUUGCGAAAUAUUGAAGAUCUCAUCGCAGAUAUUAUUUCAUUUUCCUUUUCACCUGUUGAGUUAAGAAAAAAACUUAAUUUAUUAUUUUCAUCACCAGUAAUUACAGAACAAAAGCAUAAUAUUAAGCCAUUUUUAUAUGCAUUAGAUUCUUAUAAAGAUGAUAUAAUUCUUUGUCCCUAUAAAAUUCUAGAUAUUUUAUUAUUAAUCAAGCAGAAGAUGUAUUUAUUAUUGUUAGAAUCAGAAAUAUUUUCAAAUAUAGAAUAUGGAAUUUUACAGAAUGAACUUAUUCAAUUUAAAAAUAUUAAAAAUUAUAUAUUAGGAUCUUAUAAUGAAAUAAGAAAUGAUUAUAAAAAUAUUGUUUCUGUAGAGGUUGUUAUGUCUACCUUAGGAAAGUGUAGUUUCAAAAAUGAUAAGAUAGAAGAUAUAUGCUUUAUAGGUUCAGAUGGUAAAAUGUAUAAAUAUGAAUAUUAUAAAAUUAGACAAAAAAAAACAAAUAUGAGUUUUUUAUACAAUUUAAUAAAAAAGAGACUUAGUGAAAAGCAUGAAUUAAAAAUUAGAAAUGUAGAGUUAUCACUGUUUAAAGAUUCACAGUUAAAAAAUGAUAUUUUUGUUAAUUUAGUAGAAUAUACUUAUAUUGAUUUUGAUUUUAUUUAUGAUGAAUAUAGAAUGAGUAACAAUCUACCACAUGCUUUUUGUGAUUACAUGUCAGAAAUAGAAAUUUACAAACAUGAACAUACAUUUAAAACAGAAGAAUUAGAUACUAAUAUAAAUAAAACAGGAGAAGUGGAUAUUGAUAUUAAAGAUAAAACAGAAGAGGUAGAUAUUAAUUUAAAAGAUAAAUAUAAGUAUACUGCUAAUAGUAUAAUACUUAAUAUUGAUAAAGAAGAAAUUAUUGAUGUAUUAAAUCCAAAUAUAAAUAAUGUUGAAUUAGAAAAGUUUUUGAAUAAUUCUAGAGAAUAUUUUAAAAUACAAAAUAACACUUAUAAGAUUUGUGAUUUUGUACCUAAAUUAUCUUCUAAAGAUAAACUAAGGACUUUUAUAAAUAUUUUAAAAAAUAACAUGAAAGAGGAUAUUUUGACAAACUAUUUUAAAUCUAAUUUUGAAAGUCCUUAUAAAUAUCUACUAUUUAAGAAUAAUAUGCUUUCUACUUAUUCUAUUCAUUUUGCAAUUUCUUAUAUUUUGUAUACAAUACAUUUAAAACCAGAUAAUUUAAUGAUUUAUAUCGAUAAAGGAACAUAUUUUAAAAAAAAGAUAUUUAAUGUUGAUUUUAUGAAUGAGAAUAGUAAUUUUAAAAAUUAUAUUUCUCCUAAUAUGCAAUGCUUAUUUGGAAAGGAAGGAAUAGAAGGUCCUUUUUUGUCUAUUUUUUAUCAUUCUGCAAAAGAUAUGGAAGAGUUUAUUGAAGAUGCAUUUAAAGUAUUUAAAAAUGACGAAGUUGUUAUAAAAAAAGUAAAAGAAAGAAUCCAAAAUUUACAGAAUCCGGAUAAUAUUAUUAAAUUAAUUAAUGAAUUUACUGAUCUAGAAAAUAUGUCUAAAAUUGGUGUGGAAGAAUUUGCAUGGUUAUGA